UGUCACGCCUGAAAUCCAUCCUUAAUAGCAAUCAAUGAAACACCAAACACCGGACUCGGCUACCAUCAAUGUUUAAAGAAUUCCAUAUAAAAAUAUGUGUGAUCAUAAUCGUCCACCUGCACAUAGCGUGGUCCUACCGAGUGUACCAUCUGGACGCGGACGAAGAAAAUGAAGUGCUGUCCGAGUUGAAACGAGCUCUGCAAGGCUACCAGAUACCGAGCUAUGGAGAAGCCAGGCCGAGGAAGAGCCGACACAGACUCAAGCCUGUAGGCAAGUCCAUGUUCGUGAAGAGGAUCAUCCCGCACGGGUACAGGACGGGCGAGUACGAGUACGACUCCCGGCUGAACACUGUGUUUAGACCUCUGUUCAGAUACCACAUUGCCAAACCCAGUGAUGGACAAGAGAGGUCUGUGGAGCGGGGAAUAAAACCGAACCAGAAGAUGUCGAUCAACGAUCUAAUCUCGUUCCUGAAGAAAGACCGCAAGACUGCAAGACUGAAGCAGAAACGUCUCAAGUCUUUAAAAAAGAAAUUAAACAAUAAUAAAAGGGGCAUCAACAAAAAGAGGUUCGGUAAUGUCUUUAACAUGAAGCAUAAGGAACAGUUGUUGAGGGAACAUUUUGAGAAAUCUGGAGAAAAGCCCGAUUUUGGUCAUGCCAAUGUGACAAAGGAUUCACACGAGGCUGGCAAGAAAAUUACGUAUCCACACUACCCGUUCUGGAAUUAUUGGACUUAUGAAAAAACUGUGGUUCAGGAUCAAUGCCCGGGUAACCUGGUGAAAAUAGGCAACAUGUGUGUCUCGUCUAUUGGGCAUCGCCGUCGCCGCUGGAGAAGACGCAGAGACCGCCGACGGGCAAUCAGACCUAGGCAGCGCAAGUUACGUUAUGGUUAAUUUAAAGAAAAUAAAUGAGAAAAGAAAAGGAA